AUGGCACAACCAGCACGACUCUCUGUAAUGUCUUCUGCGACUGAUACACGUCAUCACUCUUCAAAACGUGCGUCAAUAGUAGAUAGAAAUUUAAAUAAAACGAAAGCAACGGAGGUUGGGUUAAGCGCAUUUGCAUUUCUGUUUUCUGAGAUGCUGCAGUAUGCGCAAAAACGAGUUCAUGGGAUACAGGAUCUAGAAAGAAAGCAAAUCCCCUUUUUCAGAUUAAAUGAUUUUGGAUACCGAGUAGGCACCCGAUUACUUGAACUUAUAGUAUGGCGUGAAAAAAAUAGUAAGCGUGAAACACGUGUGAUUGGUAUUCUAUCGUUUAUCAAUACAACAGUAUGGAAAACCUUGUUUGGAAAACAGGCUGAUUCGUUAGAAAAGAGCACCGAGAAUGAUGAUGAAUAUAUGAUAUCUGACAAUGACCCGCUGAUAACAAAAUUCAUAUCAGUCCCAAAAGAGUUGUCGCAGUUGAAUUGUAACGCUUUCCUGGCUGGUAUCGUGGAAGCCAUUUUAGAUGGUGCACAGUUUCCAUCUCGUGUUACUGCACAUUCAAAUCCAAUAGAUGGGUUCCCGUUAAGAGCAACAAUACUCAUUAAAUUAGAUCGUGAAAUUUUGCAAAGAGAAGAGCAGCUACGCUAA